AACUGGGUGGUUCGAGGCCUGAAUGCUGAUUGGCUGACAGCUGUGGUAUAUCAGACCUCCGGAUUGCAUCGUGCAUAAGAGCAGCCCUUAGCCGUGGUAUAUUGGCCAUAUACCACACCACCUCGGGUCUUAUUGCUUAAAUAACCCACAUCCGUCUGUGUCGACUUGUAACAUAGGGAUAGAUCGAAACGCACAGCUUCUUCCAAAACCCCAAAAUAUAUCCAAGUGGCAAGCUUGACGCCCAUAACCCCUUAACCACAGAUCUAGGGUCUGAUGAGCCUACCCCAAAUCCUAAACUUUGAGAAAAUAUCUGAGCCUGUAUCAGUGACGUCUACUAACUGGAAGGUACAGGACGAUAGAUUGACUGUUGGGGAGGGGAUGCGUUGCGAUGGCCAGUCCUAAAGUCUUCCACUCUCUAGUUAGAAGUUUCCCAUCAGCAGAUCUAGGAUCAGUGUACCCUGCCCCAGUCCUAAUUAUAACUGUUCGGGUGGAAAAGAGUUGGAACAGAGCUUGGAUCAGCGUCUACAGGCAACUCCUUGUUUGAGUAAUAUGAAGUGGGUGGGCCUUCAUGAGAGGUGUUCGCAAAGUCUACCCCAUCCAGAAGCUUCUCUCUCCAUACCCAGUCCCUCUUCCACCUCUCUUCCCCUCUUUUUUUCCAUUCAGCCCUCACUAGCACAUGCUUCAGGAGCUCUGGAGACUCAGUCCAGUCGUCCUAGCUCGACACAGGAACCAUCAUGGCCAACUGCAGCAGUGUAUCCAGACUCGUCCUUCUGGUCCUGCUAGGCCUCUGGGUAGCCACAAUCCACUCAGAGAGUGUGGAAGACCCCACGCCAACUUUACAAGGGGACAACCAGGACACACUGUCCGGUGGCGGGGCAUAUGACGUCACCACCAAAGAUCCCUUCAAGGAUAUGACGGAAAGAGUGUUAACCUUAGAGUAUGACGACACCACCCACUCACAGGCCAUGGAGGAAGGUGUCCUGGGCCCGGGCGCCAUCACAGCUAUUGUCAUCGCUGUCUUCCUGGGGGCUUCAGUCCUCCUCGCCCUCAUUGUCAUCACACUCAGGAAGUUCACCGCUUCCUAGAGCCAUAACUUCCUCUCUUUCAAUCUCUCACACUUUUCUUACCUCCACUUCGUUCUCUCAUUCAUCUUUCUUGCCCAUUCUCUCUCUUCUCACUUUUGCUCAGUUUCUCUUAUACCCACACAUAUUGUGAAAGUGACAACCCUUCUAUAACCCCUGGACGCUCUAAUAUAAUGUGGCAGGUCCCUUUGGCCUUGAAGCGCAACCGACAAUGAAUUUCCUUCAGACUCUAGCUACUAUAAUCAUAUUGUUUAUGUUGGCACACAUUUCCACUUGUUACUAAAGGGUCAAUCCUAGCUUCAAAAUUGACUUAAAUGGAAGUUAGGAUUUGCCAAUAAGAUUACAACAGAGACUGGCAGGUUCUUCCAGUGUAUACAGGUAACUGCCAAAAUAAUGGAAACACUUAAGUAAAUGAGAGAGAGAAAGUAUAUUGAAAGCAGGUGCUUCCACACAGGUGUGGUUCCUGAGUUAAUUAAACAAUUAACAUCCCAUCAUGCUUAGGGUCAUGUAUAAAAAUGCUGAUCAGGCCAUUAUUUUGCCUACCAUAGCUAUGCCCCCAUAGGAUGACAAUGCCCCCAUCCACAGGGCACGAGUGGUCACUGAAUGGUUUGAUGAGCAAACGAUGUAAACCAAAUGCCAUGGCCGUCUCAGUCACCAGAUGGGAUAUUCUGGAGUGGUGCUUGUGACAGCAUUUUCCACCACCAUCAACAAAACACCAAAUUAUGGAAUUUCGAAUGGAAGAAUGGCGUUGCAUCCCUCCAAUAGAGUUCCAGACACUUGUAGAAUCUGGUGCAUUGAAGCUGUUCUGGCGCAUGGUGGCCCGACGCCCUAUUAAGACACUUUACGUUGGUGUUUCCUUUAUUUUGGCAGUUACUUGUAGCUUUAAUAUUUAAGGGCUAGAUUCAAUCAGAUUCGCUUUAGCCAACAUCCGCAUAGCGGAUAGUGUCAGAGGUGGAACUGCAUUCGAGCUGCCAAAUCUAGUGGCUCCAGGCAUUACACCUAAAGCAGCUAUCUCCCUUGGUCACAUUAAGAGAAAUCCAAUGCAGCAGGGGUGGAUUGGCAAUUCUGGCAAAUGCCAGAUGGGCUAGACCAUUUUUUUGUUAGGUGAGCUGGUCUGAAUUGACACAGAUAAAAAUAUUUGUUUUAUAUAAAAAAUAAAACAAUGAAAAGGGUGACAUGGCCGAUAGACCAUGUCAAGAUUUCUUAAAGAUUUUUGAAAAAUGUAUCUGUUAUACUAAUCUGUAAUGAGCCUUUGGCUGAUCAGUGGGCAACGGCUGGUCCCCUUACCAAGAUGGGCCAGCUCGGUUUUCUGAUAGGCUGAGCUGAGAUCACACAAACUCACAUUGAAAGUCAAACGCGUCAUCAGCAAAGAGACCUGUGCCAAAUCUGUCAUCAGUUAGACAGCCAAGAUAAUGGAUGUAAAAAAAAUGGAAGGGAUGCCUUGAAACAUAUAAAGAGCACAUUCUGCAUUGUCACAUCACUCAAAACAUCCUAUUUAUUGGCCGGCUAAAGCCAUGAUUUGGUCAAACAAAAAGUGCAUUAUCCUCAUGAUUCCUGUAAUAAAGUGUCAGCAAUGCCUCUGCCCUGGCUGGGGCCUGACGCUGUGAUGAGCCAGUCACCUUCACCACAAUCCCCCCCCCCAUGCACUCGGCUCAUAGUAAUGGCUGGAAUGGUGUUAAUGCAAUGGUAUUAAAAAAACGUCUCCAAGUGCUUGAUACCAUUCCAGUGAUUCAAUUCCAGGUAUUAUUAUGAGCCCCCCCCCCCCCCUAUUUUACUGUAUUUUGACAGUAAAAUAGCAACUAUAGUCUAAUUGUCAACCCACAAUCCACUGGAAUAGGUUGCACAUCGAAAUAUAUUGAAUCAUGCAUUCCUGCUUUGACCUGUUAGAUGAAACAACUGAUUUAUUGAGCUGGCAGUGUGCAGUGUGCGCUUGUGUGGAUAAAAUGCCUGUGCCGAAUUAUUGUCCCAGAAUGCAGCUGCCAUGCAGACUUGUUCACAAAUUUGAACACUUGAAUGUGAACUAGAUUAGGAUGCUAGAAAUCCUUAUUAUUUGGUUGAAUGAUUUUUCCGUUUGGGCUUAAUUAUAUAUAGCCUAUACUUUCUUGUUCUGAACUUCUAACUCGAGUGGGCAGAUGUGGCUUCCUGACAAUGUUUGCAAGAGCAGCUGCUCACGGAUUUGAAGGCUCCAACUCAGUUCCACCUCGGACACCGCCAAAACAUAAAACAUAUACCUUAUUUACUUUAUUAACGAUCUGUACUUUACAAUUGUGUGUCCAAAGUGUUUUGUCGAGCAUUGUGAUUUGUUUUUGUAGAAGUCUUUUUUUUUUCUGGCGGUUAUGUUGUGGGUUCGAGUAUCCUGUCUCAGUUUUUGUUUGUCUUGUGGAUGAAAGGGUGUGACGAGUGUGUCUUUGUGAAGAUUGUUCCACCAUGUUAAUUACGUUACAGUAUUACUGAGUGCCUUAAAAGGCAAGUGUUAUUGACAAUAGAAUGAAAUAAUUUACCAAAUGCAGGCUACUAUACAAAAUGCCAGAUUUAUUUCCCCAAUGCCCGCAAUGUGUUACUGUUUAUUGGCAAAUAGGUGUUAAAACGGAACGUUUGCCUAUUUACAGUGACCCAUAUUGACCCAAAAAUCUAAUAUUUUAAGAUGAACAUGCUUCAAUAAAUAAACAUAGACAGGGUAAUUAGUUUGUUUUACCUGCAAAGCACAUUUUAACCUCUGGUCUAAAAAGACAGAAUGACAACUGUUGUGAGUGUGUUUGUGUAUGAGUGCAUGUGUGUGAUACUUUUUGAUAUGUUAUGUCACAGUAUGACCAUUUUCUGUAUUCCUCUGUGGCCUUUUACCAAACGACUAACUACGGCUGGGAUUCAUUAAAACCCGCCGUAGAAAUGUU